AUGAAGUCCUCCGAUAUCGAUCAGGAUUUAUUUACAGACAGUUACUGCAAGGUGUGCAGUGCACAGCUGAUAUCCGAGUCCCAGCGGGUGGCCCAUUAUGAGAGUCGAAAACAUGCCAGUAAAGUCCGGCUAUAUUACAUGCUUCACCCCAGAGAUGGUGGGUGUCCUGCCAAGAGGCUCCGAGCAGAAAAUGGAAGCGAUGCUGACACAGUGGAUAAGAAUAAAUGCUGUACACUCUGUAACAUGUCCUUUACCUCAGCUGUGGUGGCCGACUCCCAUUACCAAGGCAAAAUCCAUGCCAAAAGGUUAAAGCUGUUGCUAGGAGAAAAACCUCCAUUGAAAACCACAGCUGCCCCGCUGAGUUCACUUAAGACCCCUCGAGUGGACACGGCCCCCGUGGUCGCAUCUCCCUAUCAAAGAAGAGACUCAGACAGGUACUGCGGUCUCUGUGCAGCCUGGUUUAAUAAUCCUCUGAUGGCCCAGCAGCAUUAUGACGGCAAGAAACACAAAAAGAACGCUGCACGGGUUGCCUUGCUAGAGCAGCUCGGAACAUCUCUGGAUCUGGGGGAACUCAGAGGUCUGAGACGCACUUACAGAUGUACCACCUGCAGUGUGUCGCUCAACUCCAUAGAACAGUACCAUGCACAUCUGCAAGGAUCAAAGCAUCAGACCAACCUGAAGAAUAAGUAGUGACAGCAUGAAUCAAGAGCUACGAAGAGAUUCCAGCAUUUCUCUGUGGUAGAGAAUGGCUCACCAACCAACAGAGGAUCCUUUCCUGAGCAAUGAACAUUUCUUACAAGGAUUCACAGAUUAACACAUGACCAGUAUUGAUUUGGGAAAGCAAAUAAGAUUUCCUUUUCUUCUUCUCAUUUAGUGGCAAAUUGUACUUGGAUUUAAAAGAAUCCUUUUCUGAUAACAUGUUUAGCACAAGUUCUAACCUGCAAUCACACACACAGCAGCUAGUCAGAGCAUUACUCAAACUUACAAAGAGUGGAAAAUUUAAUUUCCAAUUUAUUCUAGAUUUCUGUAGUUACAACGAUUCUGUGACACCCUUCAUGAUUAUCAUGUAAGCCUCCUAGAUCCAUUAAUGAACAUACUUUUGCCAUCAUGGGGAACAUAGUUGGUGACAACGGCCACAAGAACAGAACAAAUUGUGGUUUGUAGAAGUUAUAUGACGAACAGAAUGCCAGUCCUUCUGCUUCACACCGAUGAGCCAGCCUCUAAAUGCCAGGAGCAGGAAAGCAGGUGGAAGCAGAGGGAAGGACCUUCCCUCUGGAUCUCCUUGAUGGAAAGCCUCUCAGGAUGAAGCCACGUUCUCCUUGCAAGCUGCCAGAUCAUAGCUUAGAAAAAGAAUUAGUUUGAUUGCAUGAUGAUCCUAUUAAGUAAAAAUGUCUUCACAGCGGUUGACCUUGGCGUAUUGCUUUUCUAAUGGUAUCCAAAGGAGAGUUUUAAACCCCAGAGUGAGAUGGAAGUAAUUCUUAGAAAGUUGGCCUGUAUCCUGGGCUUUAAUUUGGGGCAGUGAUGAUUUGGUAUGUGUCGGGGGAGGGAGAGAAUGAUUAAAUCCUGAAGAGGUUUCCUUCUUCUGUUUCUCUUCCUUCUUGCUGCUGAGCUGGGAUUCAGUGACUUUGAACAGAACUCCUCUGGGAAGAGGAUGGACCAGAGAACUGAUGCUCUUUGAAGGGAUCAAGUCUGAGUGCAACUGUGAAAUUCCUUCUCUGGGGCUAAUUGCUCUGCGUUGUGUUGGGAAGUGGUGUCUUGCAGACACUGCAAGGUAGACACAGAACUUCCUUUCCUGGGCUCUCAGCUGGCUGAAGCAGCCCUUUACACCUUGUGACCGCCAAUCUACCGGACAUCAGACUUUUCCAGACAUCAGCGCCUCCCGCAGAGAUCUGAGGUGUUGACAGCCAGUGAGCAAUAAGCGAAACGACACGGAAAUGCACAGUGUUGUUCUUAAGGUGCCUGUUUUGUUGUGUGAGGAGGUCACAGGUCACAGUGGUCCUUAGAGACCCGACCUUGGCCGCAAAGAGGAAGGUCACACACCGUGUACAGUCAUGCUGCAGGUAGGGAACAAGAGGGGUGUAGUGACAACAAUUUUAUUUUGCUAUUUCAGAAAGAAGCACACAACAGAGCUACAGUCCUCCCGUGAUGGCUUUUCUUCGAAUGUGUGGAACAAAGCUUUAUUUGUCAAUUCUGCUGUAAAAUAAGCAUAGUCUGAGUUGUUUUUUUUUUUUUAAUCUUUUUCUGUUUCUGUUUAGUGCCUGAGCUCUCUCCCUGAAGUGUUGUGUUUAGUUUUUUUUUUUAAUGACCUAAGAUAGAAAAGCCUAUGAAAUAUGGAUUUCCUUUGCGUUACAGUGACGCUUUGCCAAGUCCUUUAUAGAUAAGCCUCCAGCUACAAUAAUCAGAUUAUUUCAGAGUGCCUCAUCUAAAUACCAUUGCUCUUUGGCAAGCUGCCACAAACACCCACCAGACAUUUUCUUGGUUUGAUUGUUCUCAAGUUUAUUCUUGCCCAUGCAGAUAAGGGGGAUGCCAUCCCAGCACGUUGUAAGGAUCCCUUGGCCAGACUACUAACUGUAAGAAGGCUCAAAGUGCUACUGUGUUCUGGGGACAAUAGAACAGAGACACCUUUCUUCCAGAAACUGUGCUGUUCGCUUUUUCUUUAAUGUGGCUGGAUGUUUAAUUAAGUCUUAUGUUACUUUCCAGUUUUACUAGGACUAGAUGGGAAUGGGGUUUAGGGCAAAUGUUUUUCAGAGGCCCCCUUGAAUCUGCUGGGAAGAAAAGAGACAAGUACAAGCCUGUCUGUAUCCCUGUCUCCUGAUUAGUUCAUGUGGCGCUCCCCUAGUAAACAGCAAUGUGAUUCCAGUAAGAACUCGGGGUCAGUUCCAUAACAUUUGAGGAGAACAGAGAGGAAACUCAUCUGUGAGAGAGAACUGUCCAUAUGCCUGUGUCUAAAGUACUUUGGCUAUUCUAGAGUUCAGAGUGAUGUCAGCUAACUACAUGAAGUUUUCUGGCCAUAAUGAGGAAAACUCAACACCUACUGGCCUCGUGUUAAACUGAGAUUUCUCUGUUUAAGGGAACAGUCAUUAACUAACAGUCAACAUGGGCAUCGCCCUGUUUCUCUUCCUUCUCUUUUUGUUCCUUGAUAUAAUCUCUGGAAUGUAACGUGCGCUGUCCAUGUGCUCUAUCACUAAAUGCCAUGGUUAGGUGUGACUCCUCUACUAAAUCACCCCUUAGUCGUGGUCGUACAAUUUGAAUUUGCUUUACAAAGUCUUCUUCCCUUUUAGCAAGGAGGAUAUAAGCUUGAGGCUGGCAACAUGUGCCAGUGGCCACAAAUGCCAUGAUAGUGAGAUUCAAAUUAAUGAGCUCUCCUUAUAUACAGUCUCCACAGUCCAGUGAGCUAAUAAAUAUGCUCAUAAAGCAAUCCGCUAAGCAGCGAGUGCUGCACUGAUUCCUUCUGCUGAUAAAGUUGCCAUAAAACUCCCAUCCAUUGCUGCUGGACUGAAAGGGUUUUGUUCUUUCUUGGCCCCUUAGAUGACAGAGAUGCAUACACUGGAACUGCAAGGAUCUUCACACUGACUGUUGGAGUGAGUUUAUUAGGCCAACUGUACAAAAAAAAAAGCCAUGGGACCCACUUUUAACGCUGAUACUCCUGCAGAACUCCCCAGGUAGACAGGCCACCUUUCUGUCAAAGCUGAGUUAGACAUUUUUGACAAGGCAGUGGUGACAUAGUUCACUAAGCCCUAAUAAGAGACUAUAAGAGACUACCAGGUUCUAACAACAUUCCCCACUAAAUAUCUGUCCUCUUGAACAGCUUGUCCAGUGAAUUAUUUUUCUUUUGUAAGAAUGAAACUAAGAAAAGUCUGUCUGUCCAACAUACUAUUGUAGGGAUGGAUUUUCUCCCUGCCCCUUUCUGGUUUUGAAUUUGUUCAUAUUCAAGGCAUGUUAAACUACCUCAUAGGUUUGUUGUGUGGAUUAGCUGAUUAAUAA